AUGACUCUUUUCGGUAUUAUACUCUCAGUCUACGAGAAGAUCCUCUGGUUCCAGCUUCAACCUGAAGACGCGCUUGUGACACCACACCACAACUCACGCCGCGCCCUAGAAGCAUCAGCGCAGUCAUGUCGUCUAUGUUCCAUAGUUCUUCGCGUCGCGAUAUCCAACUAUCGAGAUUCGCGGGAAAGAAGGGAGCGCAUGGGCUAUUGGAGACAAUUCAAUGCCAUAAACUACCAUAAAGGCUCCGAUGUGCGGCAAAUCACGUACGUGAAGGAGCUUGGAGCAUCCAUGCCUGCUACGUCGACGGAUUAUAAUCAGAGCAUGGGAAGAGGAGUAUUGGCGGCGACCGGUAGCAUUAAAGCCGACGGCAAUCAUGUAGGAAACGACACUCCAACCCUCGAAUCACUUAGUGUUAAUGAGGAGGACUCGGCCGAUCUGCCGGUCUGGCUUUAUGGUAACUGGUGGGCCGAACGCGAACUCAUUGACCCCGGCGAUACAACCCAUAUACGACUCAUGGGAGUGGGAGCCCGGUUUGGAAAGACAGAAAACCACUUUGAUGCCCUUAAUAAUAGACCGAAUCAAGUUAGCCUGCGUGGAAGCUCCAUUGGUAUCUGUACAACCGAUGACAGCGUUUUCAGCGUGAUACCGGGUCGACUACGCGAGAUGGAAUCAGACUCGGAUGUCGCAAUUGAUCGUCUCCAGAAGUGGAUGAAAGACUGCGAGUUGAACCAUCCCUUCUGCGGACGUCCGCAGCCGAACCCCCUCCUCCCAACGCGUGUUAUAGAUGUCUUCGCUUCGGACCGUGGGGUAUCAGUGGUUGAAACUGUUGGUCAAAAAGGGAGAUAUGUAACUCUCAGCCAUUGCUGGGGUACGUCAUUAAGGUUGAUGGCAACUAAACAGCCUAUUCAAGAUCUCAAGCAAGGUAUUGCCGUAUCAUUCCUUCCUAAGACGUUCCAGGACGCGAUCAAGAUAACGCAGCGCCUCGGGAUCAAGUACCUCUGGAUAGACUGUUUGUGUAUCAUUCAGGAUGAUCCCGACGACUGGGAAAAGGAGGCGGCUGCCAUGAGCCACGUCUAUCGUAACUCCUACCUAACGAUAUCAGCGGCGGCUUCCAAGGAUAGGUGCUCUGGGUGUUUCCCAAAGCGUGAGAGUGAUUCGUACGUAUCCCCCGCAAGCAUCUCGCUUGGGUAUGACAAACCUAGAGAAACAAGAGGACCGAGAAGCCACGAAAUAGUGUACGGAUACACAUCCCAACCGGAUAAGAAGAGCCCGAUUUACCUGUUUGAGGAGUGGUUGCCGGGAUCUAGCUUUCAUUCCCCUCAGAGGAUGGGGAUGGGAUCGUUCGGCAAGCGAUACGACCCAAUCGCCGACGAGCCUCUCAGCUCGCGGGCGUGGACGCUGCAGGAGCGCAUCCUCUCAGCCCGUCUGAUACACUACGUCCGCGACCAGAUGUACUUUGAAUGCGAAAGUUGUAUCCUGUCCGAAGAUGGAUUCAGGUUCGGCGACAUAUACUUUGGCAUGAAACGCCUCUUAGAGACGCAAUGGCAAGGGGGAUGGAUCUCCCUGAUUGAGAACUGUUCUAUGCGUAACUUGACGGUGCACCGAGAUAAGCUCACCGCGCUGGCUGGCGUGGCGAGAGCAAUAGCAGAGAAAACGCGAGACCGUUACUACUCAGGUCUGUGGCAGAGACAUUUCACGGAGGAUCUGUGUUGGCGGAUGUAUCCGUACGAGGAGAAGGAGAACCGGAGGGAUGCGAAGAUCACUCCGCUGACGGGCAAGUGCUUGGGGACUGUCCGUAGGCCGCCUGAGAAUGUAGUCUCGAGAAUCAUCAAUUGUAAAAUCAUCCCCGCCGGAAAGGGCCCCUACGGUAGGGUGUCUAGUGGUAAGCUGGAUAUUGAGGGACUUAUAUACGAAGUUAGACCACAUACCCCAAAGAAGACAUGGGAUCGACACAAAAUCCCGGUGGAAAUUGAUCUAGAAGACGGCCGUGGAAUAUCGGCCGGCAGCUUGCAUCUGGAUGUACCAGAAGAGUCGAUCUUGUACCCCUGCUACGCGCUGUUCCUAGAUCCGUCCAAAGCUCUCAUUCUGCGAACCCAGGACCUAGAAGCGAAGCGCAGCAAAGACGGAACCGAAGACCCGGAUGCUGCUCUGGUCCCCAAGCCGGUUCUGACGACGUCCGAUGUCAAUCGCAGCAUAGUAGAGCACCCGGAGAUGAAAACGUUCAUGUUUCAGGCCAUGUACCCGGUCGUGCGCGUCGGAGUUGGUGUAUUCAUUAAAGAGCCGACGAAGAAUCAAGAAGACCGACCCGACGAUGGAGAUGGGGAAGAGGAGGAGAAGCCGAAGGUGUGGCACGAGGCGAAGCAGGGGAAGCUGACGCUAGAUAAGAUCCUACACGUCGAAGGAGACCAGUCGUGGGGGCCGGUUACGAAGGAUGAUCCCAAGAUAUGGGUAACGAUGUUAAGUACAAUUGGGUAUGUCAACUAG